CAGAAAAAACAGUCAAAAUGCAGACGGGACAGGACAAAGCACUACGGACAAAAUGUAUGUGAAAUGACAUUUUUUUUCAAAUUUUCUGCCGCCAGCGGCGUCCUUACGUCCUGAUGUCACAAGGACCGGAACACAGAUGCCGGCAUCAGCCGGAGGAAAUGACCGGGGACGCUGCAGGGGACACAUCGCGGGAACGAAGGACAAAGUAAGCUCUGCAGGGACUCCCUAUGCAUCGCCGCAUGGUAAGCCCGAGUGUAGCUCGGGGUUACUGCUUUUGGUACUGACA